GAAAGGACCUGUAGGGCAGAUUAGGGAAAGGAAAGGAAGAGGAAGGGCGAAGAAUCAUGACGGCUCUGGUGGCGGUGUGCAGUGGUGUAGGGAGGAAAAACUUGACCACAGCUGCAGUCUGCCUCGCGGAUCGCGGAGUUCACACGGUGCUGUGGAGAAGAUGUUGUGCACAGUAUAAACAGGUAGCCAGCAAUGAGGACCUGCCAAUCCCGAUGGAAAACCCCUAUAAGGAGCCCCUUAAGAGGUGUGUCUUGUGUGAGAAACGUGUGGAUUAUAAGAAUGUACAGCUUUUGUCCCAGUUUAUCUCUCCAUUUACCGGAUGCAUUUACGGACGGCACAUAACAGGUCUUUGUGGGAAGAAACAGAAAGAAGUAACGAAAGCCAUUAAGAGAGCUCAGAAAAUGGGAUUUAUGCCAGUUACAUACAAGGAUCCGGCAUAUCUCAAAGACCCUAAAGUGUGUAACAUCAAGUACCGGGAAUAAACUGUGUGAAGUUACUGCCAAUAAACCUGGAAGUGAACAUGUUGGCACUGAUGGA